ACAGCGAGGGCUCCUCAAAGACGCUAACCAAAACGAAAUGCGGCCUACCGGCGCCAUCGGCAUCGGCCAGGCCGCCUUUCGGGGUGCUGCCGCUCUCUCUGGGUCGAUCGCGUCGGCGGGGAAACACGCUGCAAACGCCGGCAAAUAUGCCAUGGAAAAGGCGGGUGAGGGAGUGAAUUGGGUUGCCGAGAACCCCGGUUCUGCUGCUUGCGCCGCCGUCACGGUUGGGGGUCUGGCCGUUGUUGCUGCUCCAGCGAUUGCCACGACGCCCAUGCUCGCUGCCGUAGGCUUUGGGCCGAGUGGACCUAUUGCGGGUUCGAUCGCCGCUGGUGUCCAGAGCGCGAUAGGAAAUGUAGCUGCAGGGAGCGUCUUCGCAACUUGUCAAAGCGCUGCCAUGGGGGGAGCUGGCGCUGCGACUCUCGCGUCGGCUGCACAAGGGGUGGGACUGGGUGUAGCUGCUGCUGCGGGAGCGGCGGCGGCGAAACUUGCGAAGGGUACAUCGGACGAAGAUACGGGUACAUCGGAGGAAGAUCCGGGCACAUCGGACGAAGAUACGGAAGGCUCGUGCAAUUAAAUUGCCGUGCCUUUGAUGAGCGCUUGAAGUUAAUGCGCAGAUAGGAGACUUCGAUUUCCCUGGGAUGUGGCAACGCAUAGAUGUGUCUGAAAUCAUUCGGCCUCCAUUGCCCUUGCCUGCCGGGCGGCUGGGCCGCCCACAUGAGCUCGGGACCGAUGCAGCCUAGGCAUUGGUUCGAGGCCAUGAGGAGAGGGAAGGGGUUUGCGUCGGGCAUUAGGACCGUACCGGUAACGACGAAGACAGACAAGUCUUGCAUAAGACGGAGAGUCAACCCUCACCCAAGGUGAAGUGUAUAUUGGCCGCGCUAAGCCCCCUC